AUGCUUCGAACGCAUUCUCGUUCGCCGCCAUCAAAAGAUUCCUCUUUCUCUCAACCUUCACAAGAUUCCUCUCCUCUUAUCGGAGCUAGUCAUUCCAGAAACAACAACAACAAGGAAAUGAAUGAAUAUAACAACAUGAAUAGUAAUAUUCAAUAUGAAAUUUCUCAAAAAAGAGAAGAGGAAAUUCCUGUCAGUGAAGAAACGUCAUUGCAACAACCGACCAUUCAAGGCUAUGGAAGCCAUCACAACAGUCCUCCAACACUGAGAUUGGUCGGAGAGGAAGGAUCAUCACUUUCACGACAUCUUUCUUCUUAUGUCAUUAUGCUUUCAGCUGCAGAGGACUUGAUACAUGGACAGAGUUCAAUAGUUUUACUUGCAGAUAUUCUUCCCACACUAGUUUUGAAAGCAAUCGCUCCAUUUUUCAUGCAUGCCAUUCCAUAUAAUAUUAGAGUUGGUCUUGCAGUGAUACUAGCUCUUGCAAGCUUCCAAAUGGUUGCUUGGUUUGAUAACAUUCCUCUUAAACUAGUUGGUGUUGUGAUGGCAUCUCUCAGCUCAGGAGGAGGAGAGAUUACCUUUUUGGCCAUGUCAAGUUAUUAUCACAAAAAUACGGUUUCUGCAUGGUCAUCAGGAACUGGAGGUGCAGGUAUUUUUGGAGCCCUGUCCUAUCUGGCCCUCAAAGGAUGGUUUCAAUUGUCUCCAAGUAUCUCACUAUCGAUCAUUACUCCUUUACCACUAUUAAUGUUGUUAGCGACAUUUGUCAUUAUGAGUGGAGCUCACUAUGCCAAUGGUUUCUGUGCAAGAGGAAAAGGAGUUCAAAAAGAUAAAAAGACAACAUUUGAACCUCUCACCAUGCAAGAGAAAUUGAAAUUAGUAUUUCCACUUGCUCUCAAGUACAUGCUUCCCUUGACUACCGUUUAUUUUGCAGAGUAUCUCAUUAAUCAAGGUGUAGCACCAACCAUCACAUUCCGAAAAGAGCUCAUUCCAGCCAAAGAUGACUACAUGUAUUAUCAAUUUUUAUAUCAAAUUGGAGUUUUUAUUUCUCGAUCGUCUGUGAACAUUUUCCCAAUCAAGCGCUUGUGGGUUCCUGCCAUUCUUCAAUGUUCUCUAUUUGUUUUCCUCUUAUUAGAUGCAUAUUUUAGAUUUGUUCCUGCCAUCUUCUUCACAUUCUGCUUAAUUCUAUUUGAAGGAUUUUUGGGUGGUGCCACCUAUGUCAAUACUUAUUAUUGCAUUUCCACUGAUGUUCCACCAAGACAACGAGAAUUCUCAAUGAGUGUUGUUUCAGUAUCUGAUGCCAUUGGUAUCAGUUUGGCUGGAUUGUUUGGUGUUUUCCUUCAACCAUGGUUGAACAAGAACCAAAGCAAGCGACUCUAA